GAAGCCGAAAGGAAGAGAAAACGCUGAAGCUGGCUGAAGCUUUUCUCUAAUUUGAAAACUAUUAACAACUUAACAUAUUCUACACUUCAACUUUGUUGUACGCGGGCAUGUUUGUCAUUCCUGUCUUAUAAAGACGAGUUAAUUCCUUUUGGCAAACACCUGAGUUUCCUUACAUCUCCCAACAGUUUAACUGACAGUGAACUUGUGUGGUUGGUGUUAUAUAAAUGUCGUCACCAGGAAAGAAACAUGAAACAAACGAAAAGACCACUGUUGACAUAAGGGACUGUGAUAAUCCUGAAAUAUUUUUUGUAAUUGAUGAAGUUGGUUCUGAGGAUGGUAAUGAAGUGAGCAGUGGAGCUAAGCCACAAGUUUUGUUUAUAAAAGGAGAAUGUUGCCAAGUUAUAUCUGAGAAAACAUCAUUUGUAUCAAGUGAAGAAGCCUCCACUGCUGUUACAGAAGCACAAGAAGAUGGUAAAAUUGGGAUAAUACCUUGUAAAAUUGCCUCUACUGCAGUUAAAGAUGAACAAGAAGAUGAUGAACCUGAGAUCAUUUUUUCCAGUGAACAUCCAGCUGUUUCAUUACCUAUUUUGAGACCAAAAUCUGCUAACACAACACCAACUGAAACAUUGAGUACCAUAGAGGACCAUUCUGCAGUUCAAGGGGAAACUGUUCAACCCAGUGAUUGUCAACCAGGAAUAAGCUUUUUUGAAGAAGCAUCUGGAAUGUUUUGCUUGGACACUACACCAGAGGAAGGAAAACAAAAACCAUUGGGCCCAAGAUUCAUAAGAGAAUUCAGCUCGACUCUAAAAUCUGAAGAAGAUUCAGUAGCCUCCACAGGAGAUGGCACUAAACAAGACAAUAGAUGUUUUAAUUGUUCCGGUGACCACACCAUAAUGAAUUGCCCACAUCCAAAGAACCAAAAAGAAAUUUCCAAAAACCGUUCUAUGUUUUUGAAGCAUCAGCCAAGGAUGAAUCGUUAUCAUGUUGACAAACCCAACAAAUUCGAUCAUUUUACUCCGGGUGUCAUCAGUAAGGAGUUACGGGAUGCCCUUGGCCUAAGAAGAUCAGAUAUUCCGUUGCAUGUGUACCAAAUGCGUAUAUUGGGAUACCCUCCGGGAUGGAUGGAACAUAUUAAACAGUAUUCUUCCGGACUAGAAAUGAUCGAUUUUGCAUCAGCCACCUCAUCUUCAACGGAAGGAAUUCAAAAAGUAACAUAUGACUAUGACGGAAUUAUUGACUAUCCUGGCUUCAACGUUCCAGUUGACCGCGGUGUGCGUGAUGAAUGGCGUUAUAUGAACUUUCCUCCUAUGCAAGAUUACAAUUCCAAAGAGGUACUCAUUGGAAAUUUGAAGAUGCAUAACCAAACGCAGAUGAACUCAACAGAAGAUUCUGGCACCAUUUUGGAUAUUAUAGACAUGGACACAUCCAUAGAAGACCUUGAAGAGCAGCGCAAAGCUUUACUUGCAGAGCUGGAUCAGGAUGAUGAUAACGAAGAGAAUGGGGUUCGAAAUCCAACCAUCGAAAUAACAGGCGAUUUUACUAAUGCGUGCAGCUCGGAAGAGAGCCAACCCCAUAAUCCAACGAAUGAAGUCGUUGGAGAAAAACCUAUUCAAGCAACCCAUCCUGGAUCUCCUUUGCCAGAAGCAUCGCCAGUGGAAGAUGAAAGCCCUAACAUCGAUGACCAGAACCAAUCUCCCAAAAAAAGCAAACUUCUGGCAAUGGGAACGCCGGUCUCAAUACGAUAUUCCCCUUACAAUACUUUGCCAGCAAGAGAUAAAUUUGCGCAAAAUGGUUGCUUUGGGACUAUGGGCGAACUUUUAUUGUAUGAAAAUCUUCCAACCAGCACUGGUGCUUUUCAAAAGAUGAGAUCUCUUCUUCAAAAAGUGAGGAAAGUGUUCCAAAAGAAAUAAUGUAAUACGAAUUCUGAAUUUGAUUGCAAUGUAUAUAUUUCCUCGACAACAUUUUGGAUCAUUAUCAUCUUCGGAAUUGACGCCGAAAUUUUUCGAAAUAAAAAUCAUCACUCGCCUUA